AUACAGUGUUAAGCCACUCAAAACAUCUCUUCACAAUAAAUGCUUCUGCAAUUUUAUUGUAUAUUAGAUCAAAGAAGACAUUUGCUUUAUUCCCUAUUCUACUAGAUUGAUCCCAAUACAUGCUAUUAAGCUAAAACUGCACCACACCCAAUUGCUCACGGCUCAAUAAAUUUCCAUUCCUUCCUCUAUUUCUCAUAUUGAAACCUGAAGCACAAUUAAGGUCCAAUCACUUGCCAUUGAUAUCGCAACUUUGGAGGGAGUUUCUACUGCAAUUGGUUCAAGGGGAGUAGGAUUCAUGCCUCAAUCAAAAAAACUCUAUUGUAUAAGUUUCAAUCUGAAAUUCGCGAAGGCAAAGUUUAUUCAUUUGAAAACAUGGGCAUUGCUGCUAAUGGGGGGAGCUAUAAGACCACCCAUCAUCCAUAUAAGCUGAACUUCCAAUUUGGAACAAAAUGUUUGUCAUUGUGUGGUGCAUUAGUGAGUGGUUCUGAUUUUAAGUUUGUUCCAAUUUCUGACAUAGUAGGUGGUUCUUAUGAUUGUGACUACUUGGUUGAUGUUAUUGGAAUGUUGACGGGUGUUGGCACAAAGAGAGAAUAUGAACGCAAUGGCAGUGCUACCAAACUCAAUGUCAUUGCCAUGGAAGCUGAUGGGUAUGGAAGUUUAAAGUUUUCUUAUGAUUAUGACUAA